AUGGAUAUUACAAAAAAGGGCGGUCUCACUAAAUUACCCAUGUCAAGCAAAGCUAUUAAUGAUUGUAUUACAACUACAAGAACAGAUAGUUCUGUGGACUGUUCUGACGGAUCAAGGAAAGACCUAGCAAAAUUGUUUGAAAAUGACUAUGAACAUUUUCAACUUCAUUGUCAAAAUAUUACAAAUAAAAUUUGUGAAGCUACAACAGAAAUGACAGACUACUAUUCUGCCAUUUGUUUUUAA